UGUUCAUUAUUAUUCAAUACAAUUUUGAUAUUUAUUAUUAUAACUAUAUUUUAAUAUAAAUGUGUUGUAUUCAUAACUUGGAACCAAUAACCCUCAGUUUCAUUGUACCAGCAGAAAAUGUUUACAGCUAACUUCGAUUAAUUCUUUCUCUUUUAUUUUUUCUUCGGUUAAAUUGUUCUUUUUUCUUUUACUUAUCUUAUAAACAUUAUUGUUGAGAUCAAAACUCAAUUUUAAUUACUUGAAAUCUAAUCUGUUGCUUCCACGCAACCGCACCCAAAUCCCGUUGGAGUUUAGGUUCACUGGUGACCGUAACGUGGUCCGCGCCCCCAGGAAGAGAUGGUACACGGGCAAGCCGGCAAGACGCCAAGAUCAGCUCGCCAGCCGCGCUUUCCGGUUAGCGUUUUAUAAAUACUGCAGACAGGCAAACAGUGCACCGAACACGGCAGACCAGUCGUGAGAUCAUUCGAGGUGCGUGGCCGCUCGACUUGCGCGACUUGCGCGACUUGCGAGGAAGAAAGAGAAAAGAUAGCGAGAGAAAGAGAUCUGACUUAUCUCUCAUUCUGAGGUGGAUUUUAUAGCGCGUUGUUCACCCUCGCGUGUGUGUAUGUGUUCUUCGCGCAGUUUCACCCUCGCGGAUGUUACCUCUUCCGGAACGCGCCUUCCCGGUGGUGUUAAUUGUGCCCCUUCGUGCCUCCGAGUGCCUCCUCGAAUCCCCGAUGCGGCGUGCACCGGAGGACGGAUUACGAGAGCGGCGGGGUGGUGCAGGUGCACGCGAUCCGUAAAUUUGCAUGGACAACCCCGGUGCUUGCCGUGCGUGUUUCGCGUGAAUCGUGAAUCGGCGCUUACAUAAAUAACCGACGACGACGGGGGACCGAUUCGCGAGUUCCAUCAACCAAUUGGGCGCGCCUGUUCGAAGAGCCGCGGAUGACGAUGCCACGAUGAGAUUUAUGAGCGACAGGAUGUAACAUCCGACGCGUCGAACCGUAAAACCUAUUCUCGGUGAUAUAUAAAAAAAAAGGGGCUGCGGAUUAGCGGCGGAGAAAGAAAGAGAGAGAGAGAGAGAGAGAGAGAGAGAGAGAUGAGCGGCAUGAAGAAGGCGAUCGGGGGUUCCAUUCACAGAAUACGGGAGUUCGAGCUCGAGAAGGUGAAUCUGAUCGACGAGUUCGACAUCCUGCAGAUCGUCGGCGAGGGAUGGUUCGGCAAGAUUCUGCUGACCGAGCAUCGCAGCACGCAGACCGAGAUGGUGCUGAAGGCCCUGCCGAAGGCGUACACCGGCAUCUCGGACUUCUUUCGGGAGUUUCAUUAUGGAUUACAUCUGUCGGCGCACCGAAACAUUAUAACCACCUAUGAUGUGGCGUUCGAGACAGCCGGCUUCUACGUUUUUAGCCAGGAAUACGCCCCGCUCGGCGAUCUCACGUCGAAUGUAACAGAGACGGGGUUGGGCGAGCUGCACGCGAAGAGGGUGGCCAGGCAGCUCGCCGCCGCGGUGCAUCAUAUACAUAGCCGCGAGCUGGUGCAUCGCGAUAUCAAACUCGACAACAUACUCGUGUUUCGCAGUGACUUUUCGCGUAUCAAGCUCUGUGAUUUUGGCGAGACCAGACGGGUGAACACCGUCGUGCGAAGGCACAACGAGUGGCUACCGUACUCACCGCCCGAAGUAUUGCAGAUCGACACUGACGAGACGUACAAAGCUCGCACGUCGCACGACGUCUGGCAAUUCGGCAUUGUCCUAUUUGUCUGUCUGACCGGAUGCCUGCCAUGGCAGAAGGCGGCAAUGGACGAUCCACGCUACACCAGAUAUCAAAACUGGCACAACGCGACGCUCAACAUCGCCAAGAAACCGAAAUUAUUUCAGCUGAUCAGCUCGCGGGCGCAGAGAAUGUUCAAGAGGCUGUUGGAUCCAAAGGCUGAAAAGCGGCCAGUCAGCGUGUUGGAGGUAAAUAAAUAUUUAGAGGACAGGUGGCUAGCGAAACUCGGGAUCGAAAAAGCUAUGAACGGCGGCGCCGACGAGAGGGACGAGCUUUGCCCGUCUAUGUACAGCUUCCACAGUUCCCUGGAAGAGAAGAAUCAACUUCUCCGCACGCUCACGACGUACGGCAUCGAGACGACGGUGGACCGUUCGAAGAAGAAAGAUCGUAUCAGGGAAUGGAUACAGGCCAGCGCGAUCGUCGAGGAGAACGAGGAGGACGAGUCGGAUAUUUACGAAGACUCGGAGUUCUAUGAAGAUGAAGAUCGGGAGAAUGACGGGAACGGAAGCGAGGAGGUGGAAUCGGUCUCCAUGAGAGGCAGACAUUUCCCGGAGAGGCGUCCGGCCGCCGUGACGAGCGCCGAUCCUAGGAGGAGAAGAGGCAGCAGGGCCGCGAGUCGUCGCGUCGCAUCGAAGAACAGGCCGCCCGUCGAAAGGAAAGUACCCUUUGCUCCUCAAGUGGCCGAGGAGCGGGAAACGAUCGCGCGGUUCGCCAGCUUCCCCAACGGCGAUCCGAAGCUCGCCGCCGCGAUGCGGAACGGCGGCGAUCUUCCCGCGACUUCGGCGAACCACGUCACCGCCGACGCACCGACGACGACGACGGCGGCGAAUAAUUUCUCGAGCAAUCCUCCUCAAUCGACCGCGCCCAGCGUCAACCAGAACUCUCGAGACGAAUCGCCGUCGACCGCUGCUGUCCCCGUAAAACGGUCGCCGCCUAAGACGGCUACGGGCAUCCCGGACGGCGGCGGGAGAACCGCACCGAUGAGCCCGCAAAUCCCGGCCAGGAAGAAUCGCGCUCACACGGCGCCGUUUUCGGACACGCGAACAUCGGCCGAGAGUCGGGCCGAGCUGGCGAGAAGGGCCCAGUCCGCGACGGUCCUACGGACGUCGGAAACAACGGAGGAUCAGCCACGUGCGUCGGCGAAGCACCCCGUCUCUCCGUAUCCGGUGACAGGUCGAGCACCGGCGAGAUCGAUCGGUCCGUCGGCCGCGCGGGCGUCUGACAGAGCACCCGCGGUGCCGAUAACGAGCAACGCGUCUCCAGCCGAGGCCCAACCCCCCGGCAACGCUGGCCGGAUCGAGGUCUCGUCGCAAAUCCCGACGUCGGCCGUUUCUCACGUGGCAACGCAGAGCUACACGGGCACGCUGCAGGCGAGCUCAUCGUCGAGCACGAGUAAACCCGGUCAGGGCCGGGCGGAGGCGGUGAACGUGGCUUACGGAAAAGACGCGUACCAACACUACGGCAUCGCCCAGGGAGUAAUCCUGCCGAUGAGAGUGAAUACUGUUAGGCAAGAUUCCACUGGCAGCGGUAGCCGAUCCGUGAGCAAUUGAGACACUAACUCGAGAACGUACACGUGAAUUCUCCUCGAAGUAAUUGGACACUCGAGCUAGUCAAUUGCUAUCGAUGUACGCGGAGAAAUACAAUUAGAUUGGAUUUAAAAUGCGAACCCGAAAGAUUCCUGAAGCGCGAAAAUAUGUAAUAAUAUUGACGUAGCUCUCGACGUAUCGCUACAAUUAAAGAUUAUCAAGGGAUUCCUUCGGGAAGCCAGCGCGUGUGUUGGCACAGGACAACGCGAUACUCUUCUCGAUGUGUAAAGCCGUCGCGAAAAAUAACGUAUGUAACAGAAUGAAUGGAGAUGUCACGUUACGUACAUUAUACUUCAUUAGUUUCGAGAGACACUUAUGUCGCCACGUGUCGCUCGCUUCGCCGAGCCUAACGGGAUAAAAUUAGCGCGGCGUCUCGAAGGAGUUGCACCGUGCAGGAAUGUUCCUGAGGCCAUUAGCGUCCGAACCGUGGGAAACGGUGAAAAUUUUUAUUGUCCCAACGUGACGCGAGGAUGCGCGCGUUUCAUUAACAGCUCCACUUUUCGAUUGAGAGCAGAGGGAUAUGUGAAAAUGUGCGAAUUGAAUAUUUAUACGUGCUUUGUGAUAUUAGAGAUCGUAUAUUAUCUGGUUAUGUUAUAUUAGAGGCAUCAAAAAGUAAUGUUAUUUUUAUAAAUGACGUAACCGGUGUAGUUUUAUCAAUAUGAUUAAUUUACCCAAUAAUAUAAUUGCCAUCGUUUUCUAUGGUCCGCUUAUUUAUUAAUUAAAUUUUUUAAUCCUCAAUCGGAAAAGUAAAUUAACUUUGAUUUGAAAAAUUGUCAUGUUAAGCUCAAAGCCGGUUAAUUUUUUUCGAGUAAAAAAAUUAAAAUUUUUUAAUUAACAAAUAAAUGAACAAGGACCAUUUCUCAGAGAAAAUUAUAACCAUUAUAUAGUUAAAUAAAUAACGAAUUAUGUUAACAAAAAUACAUACUGUUUGCGUUAUUUAUAAAUACGACAUUACUUCCCGCGGUUCCCUUAAUUCAAACGUAAUAGAUUUUGAGAAAUUCAAAAUACGAGAAACAUAUAAAUAUAAUGAUUUGUACAUUGAUGUGUGCUCUAAAGGCAUGUUACCUUCGAGAGGCGAUACUUGUUGUUUUAAUAUGUUACUUUAUUUUUCUCAUUAAGACAUUAUCACAUAUCACAUAUCGAAUGAUAAGUUAUUUGUAAUUUUGCUCGACGCGACUUGUGGUCGCAGACCAAGAAGAGCAGCGAGGAUAAAAUUAACGUUUCCGCAUAGACGUUUGAAUAUGUACGGUAUCAGCUCAGACAUGCACUCUUGCCAGUUAUAUAUAAACACAUGAAAAACAUAUCGGCCUGCCUGCGCUAGUUAUACAUCGCACGAUCGAUUUACAGAAAUACCCCAAUAUUUUUCGCAAUUUUCAGAACAGAAUAAUAAAAACAAGAGCGAUAAAUAUACACGCGUAUAUUAAACCGUUCGCGCAUGUUAUACAAAGCACGAAACGGUCGUUUAUUAUCGAUAAUAUUUUUGCGAACUGAUUGUCAGGUAAAGAUAUAUACAGGUGCUCCGCGGAGUUGCUAAUUAGUUAUCGGAUGUUCGAUAUUACCUGAUUUACCAUGGGGUGGCGACCGUGACUAUUAGAUAAGCUUCCUUCGGCGGCAAGUUUCGCUUAAACUCCGACGUCGUCGGGUCGACGGAAGCAAGAACGACGGCGAGGAUGUCGAGAACG